UUUACUCAGUCUGUAACUAAACAAUUCGUCAAGAUAACAAUUCAGUCCACUUCAAGGCAAAGAACGAAUCGGCUGUCUUGACUCUUGAUUAAAAUUAUUGUCUGUCAUUUGUAAGGCAACAUGGUAACCGUGUACGAUGAACAAUUUGGCACGUUUAACGGUGAAACAGUGAAGAAAUUCACAUGGGAGACUGACAGUGGAUUUGCCGUCUCCGUCAUAUCCUAUGGCGCUAUCGUGCAGUCAAUUAAGGUACCAGACAAAAGCGGCACUUUAAGCGACGUAGUACUUGGUUUCGACGAUCUAGACAGCUAUAUAAAGCGCAAUGACCCCCACUUGGGCUCCACUGUAGGUCGGUGCGCGAACAGGAUCGGUGGCGCCAGCUUCCACAUAGAUGGCGUCACCUACCAGCUCGCCAAGAACAUUGGAAAGGACCACUUGCAUGGCGGCAUCGUUGGCUUUGAUAAGGUUAACUGGAGUUCUACUGUCGAUGGAAGCAAGGUCAUCCUCAGCUACCUGUCCAAAGACUGCGAGGAAGGCUACCCUGGUGACCUGGUGACCAGCGUCAUCUAUGAGGUCAAAGACGAUGACACGCUGUGUGUUGAGUUCAUAUCCACCACCACAAAGAAGACCGUUGUGAAUUUGACCAACCAUUCGUAUUUCAACCUGGCGGGACAUGAAACUGGCGCGAUAGAAGUCUACAAUCAUGUGAUAAUGAUAAAUGCUGAUAAAAUAACAGAAACAACUCCUGAAUCGAUACCCACGGGCCGCUUCAUCAAAGUGGGAGGAACGGCAUACGACCUGCGCGUACCAGCACGACUUGGGGACGCAAUGAAGAGAACCUCAGAUUCCGAGCUAUUUGACGACAACUUCUGUGUGACAACUUAUGAGAAGAAGGCGCUGACCUUUGUGUCUCGAGUGACCCACCCAGCUUCUGGAAGAUACCUCGAACUGUACAGUGACCAACCCGGCGUACAAUUAUACACAAGCAACUUCCUCCCUUCCCCAUACGAACCAGCCCUGGUAGGAAAAGGGGGGGUUGGCUACAGACGUCAUGGAGCCUUCUGUCUGGAAACGCAGAACUACCCAGACGCUGUGCAUCAUCCAGGGUUCCCCAGCGCUAUCCUGAAACCUGGAGACGUUUAUAGGCACAGGGUCAACUAUCAUUUUGGUGUUAGCAACGAUGUUGGACCUGAAGUUGUUAUUUCGUAAACAGAAAGAAUAUUUUUAGGGUUCCGUACCUCAAAAGGAAAAAUAGAACCCUUAUAGGAUCA